AUGAAAUUUAACAAUUGUUUAGAAUCCCGCUCUGCUGCCGCUGGCACGUGGCGUACGCGUGUAAAAGAUGAUGACGAUAAUAACUCUUUAGGUUCAUCGAUUUAUUCCCAACCUAGUGUUCUUGGUGAUGGCAGUUCAAAUUUAAGACGACAAAAUACUACCGACUCACGUCGUCAUGAACCAUUAUAUGAACAUGAAGAAGAUGAAGAAUAUAAAGAUUAUUAUGAACCGAUAGAAUAUCCACCUUCACCUCACGCAGGUUCUGUUACGACCCGUGGUAGUACUGCCGCCUUGACCUCAGGGAACACACAACCACCCUUAUAUGACCAACACGAAAAAAACAAUAACUAUCAACAAUAUUAUCGUGAUUUUAACCAAGGACCACCCGAACAAUUUGAUGUUUACAAUGACUUCAAUAAUAACCUUAAUUCAUAUAAUUACAAUGAAGAAACUGCAUCUAAUCCAUCCAAUGGUGCGUUGGCAGGUUCCAAUGCUUAUUCCAAAAAUAAUCUUAGUGGGAAGGGUUACGAUCUCCCUAGUGAAGAAAAAGGUGUUCGUCAUUCGACUACUGGAGAGCAUUUAGUAGUUCAACAAAAACGGAGAGGUCGCUGUUGUUGUUGUUGUUCGAAAAAAUUAUGUGUCAUAAUUACAUUUAUAAUUUUAGUUAUUUUGGGUGUUGGUGUAUUCUUCGUUUGGCCUCGUCUUCCUUCAUUUGCUUUUUCAGGGGAUAAAACUUUUCCAUCACCCGAUACAACACCAAUUUUUAGAAUGGAUUCGUCACCCAUUGUCAGUAUGGAUUUCAUAGUGACUGCAAUGGUUGAUAAUCGAGACAAUUGGUUACCAUUCUAUUUUAAAAGUAUUAACGUUCAAUAUUUUGAUCCUACAAACAGUCGAGCAAUUGGCAGUGGAGUUAUCAAAAAUUACCAAAUUUCUAGUCGAUCGCUUUCUAGUGUUGAUAUUCCUAUAUCUGUUCUAUAUCAACCAACUCAACUCGAUCUAAUUCUUAAUAAUUAUAUAACCGCCUGUACAAUACCUACUAAUAAUACAAGAGGACAACAAACAUUAUUAGGUGCACGUUUUGAACUACAAAUGUUCAUUUUUGGAUUGGAUUGGAUAUAUAAGCCUUCGACAUCUAUUACGAUUUCUGAUUUGAAAUGUCCCUAUGAAGUACCAUUGUCAACUUCAACUUCGUAA